AUGGGUACUGCGAUCCAGAAUGAUCCGUUCUACUGGGACUUGGAUACUCUCUCAAGGGAACUCUGUUCUCAAAGCCGUCUAUUGGUUAGAAAUCCGGCUGCGUUGGCCGCGAAGCUAGCUGCUGAAGACAUCGACGGGAAAACACUACUCACUUACGAGCUUCUCUUUACAAGGAAAGAGCUGCAGGAAGCUCUCGGCAUAACCACUGCGCGCAGCAAAGCAAGUCUAGCAGAGGCUAUUCUUAGUCUCCAAGCGAACAGUCCAGGUUUUCGUUCAUGGAAGAAAAAUUGGUUGAAAAAGAGCCGCGAUGCGACCAAGGACGACGAAGAAGGAGGUGACGUUAAAGGCGAAAUAUCCAAUACACCUCUCAUGAAGUCUUAUUCAUCCGAAUCACCAAAUUUAACCCUACAUGAUACUCCAGCCAAGCAUGAGGCAGACCAAGAGGAAGGGACAAGUUCAAGACCUCUUCAAGAUGUUACAUCUUUCGAUAGCCCCUUUGCAGAGUUUGACGGGGACUGUAUCAUGCAAAUAACAAAUGAAGGUACAGAUCAUUGUGUCAAAGCAGACUCUGCAUCUGUUCCUCCUCUUAACCUCAUUGACAGCCCACCGCCUGCUCAGCAAAGCGAAGAACAGCCUUCUAAGCGGAGACGAUUAGCGCCAACAAACUUGAGCACGAAACCUCUGGCUGAUUCGGAUUCACUUGCAUUAACGCAAACAGCACCAUUAAAUUUGGUGGACUCGGUUGAAGAUCAAGGCAAGAAUGACGAGCGUCCCGCUACGGGAAUUCCUCCGCAUUAUGCCUACCUAGGUGAAAAAGGCCGCCAUCGACACGCUGUGCUAUCUCAUGUUGAUUCCCCUGACGUCCCUCGGAUCAGUCAUGUCAAGGGCGGAUUCGCAGUCGUGUCUUCAAAAUACCUGAUACCUCCUGGGAAGAGGCUUGUCACCAACAGAAUCAUACAAAGGCAAUUGAUCAAAAACUCCAAAAAGGAAGUGGCGCUCAAACGGGGUGAUGCUAUUGUUAGAUCCCCGACUCCUUCUAACAGAAGCGAGUCUGUGGUUGAUCUUGACGACUUGCCGGAUUCUUGGGACGAAGAGACACAGCGAGAGAUCGAUGAAGAGAACGCAGAGACUGCUGCAAGGGAGCGCGAACAGGCCCGCCAAUUCUCCACAGAGCGUGUGGGGACCAUUUUGAAGGAAGAGAUGGCUGCCAUGGAAGCCAGAUGGAAAGAAACAAAGCUGCCAAAACACAAUCUCAAAGCCUACCAAAUCUGGAAAAAGUCUAGGCGAGGAGAGAGGACGAAAGAGAGAAUAUUUAAGGCCCGCAGAGAAGUUCAGCGUUAUGAAACGCGGAUAAAGAAGCUUUAUGCCGAAAUACUCGACAACACUUGGCAAACCGAGCGCGAGGUCCGAACGCAAGCAAGUGUCAUGGAGCAGAGUCUGAGCGACAAGCUGUAUCAGACAUGGCUGCUUGAGCUUCUGGAGCAGCGCGAAGCCCCGCCUAAACCCUUGGAUAUGCCGAAGCUGAAACCAAAAUUAUCUGCCGCAAGGACUUCCCUGGAUCCUUUCGAAGACGAAGUGCUAACUAGUUCUGAUGAAGGUGAACUCGUUGUGCCUGAUAAAUGUGGAUUUGAAUUCAUUGUGCCUGAUGAUGAUGAAGGCGACUUGUUCAUGGCCGACAGAGAGUCUUUUGAAGACGUUCCCCAAUCGCUACCAUUUCGACCAAGCCACAUACCAUCUGAUAUUGAAUCCGACAUGGUUAUCGAUCUCACGCUUCUAGAGUCUGAUGAACAAAUCAAGGACAGUACAUCGGCGAUACAAUACAUUGACUUGACAUCUCCGAUUAAGCGUGAAGUUCAAGAAGCCGGUUCCAUCGCAGAAAAGUCAUUGCCAGCAAUCGAUCUGGCCGAAGAGGGGCCGCCUAUGGAUCAUCUGGGAAGCCUACAGACCAUCGGUGAAUAUAUUCCACAGCACUGGGCCAAACAGGGAGACCGUUGGAGAUUGGUUCUCUGUCUGCUAUGGAGGCUUACACAGACUCGCCGUGAAAGUAUUCUUCGGUUAUUGCAAAACAAUAUGCCGGAAGAGGCUUGGCGGGCUUCAAUACACUCCUACCUGACGAAUCCCCUUGCCCAAGAGUCCGAUAUUGGAAAAGAGGAGACAACGACCGUUGCAUUUGAUGUCACAAAACUGUUCUUCAGCUGCACAAAGUGCCGUCGAUACGUGGAUAAGCGAAUCAUGGCUUUGAACGAGAAAGAUAAGAUCAAAAUCAAUCGCUCAAAGGCUUUCUUCUCUAAGUUUCAUGCGUUUAUCAAAGACUGGGCGCCCCAAUUCCCACAGAGCAGCCAGAUUUUCAGAACCGAUGCCUUUGACGAUGAAAUCGGGCUGGACGAAGCUGACGAGCAUCAGCUUGGCGUUGCCGACACGCCCUCAAAGGUGCGCAAACACGUGGCUAGAGAGAUUAUUCAGAACAAAGAGGGCGUUGCUCUUCGAGAACGAGAGAUGAAGCGUGCUGCGGAGAUUGAGGCCCGCCGGGAGAGAGUGCGAGCUAACCUGGCAAACUCAAACGCUCUUCCUGUGGAUAAAUCUCGAGUCAUCAUCAACGAAAGCAAGGAGGACCACCAACCAUUCAUUUACGUGAAUGAUGAUAUCGGAAAGCGCAUCAAGGAUCAUCAGAUCAAUGGAGUGCGAUUCCUGUGGGACCAAAUUGUCCUCGAUGCAAAGGAGCGAAAGACUCGCCAGGGCUGUCUCCUCGCUCACACCAUGGGGUUGGGGAAAACGAUGCAGGUUAUCACAUUUUUGGUAGCCGUGACUGAGGCUGCAAAGUCAGAUGAUGAAUCCGUGCGUUCACAGAUCCCGGAAGAGCUCAGAAGAUCUCAGUCGCUUGUUCUCUGCCCCGCUGGCCUGGUCGAUAACUGGCUCGACGAGAUAUUGAUGUGGUCCCCCACAGGCUUACUUGGCAAUGUGUUCAAACUCGAGUCGGCUCAGAAAGUGAAUGAACGCAUGUCGAUUAUCAAGACCUGGGAGCGAGAUGGCGGCGUGUUGGUUGUUGGGCACACAAUGUUCGAACGGACAGAAAACGGCACGCGAGAGAUACUAACGCAGUCGGCUAACAUGGUGAUAUGCGAUGAGGCGCAUGUUAUGAAGAAUCCAGCUACGAAGAUUCAUCGAGUUUGCCAGGAAUUUCGUACUAGAAGCCGAAUUGCCUUGACCGGCUCUCCGCUGUCCAACAAUGUGGAAGAAUACUAUUGGAUGAUCAACUGGGUGGCGCCGAAUUUUCUCGGCCCGCAAGAAGAAUUUCGAGAUAUAUACGUCAACCCGAUCCAAUGCGGCCUGUGGCAUGACAGCACAGGGGGCGAAAAACGAAGAGCCCUGAAAAUGCUGGAAGUGCUGAAGCUCAAUGUAGCGCCCAAAGUGCAACGAGCCACCACUCAGAGUGUCAGGCAUGAGCUGCCUGCCAAGUACGAGUUCGUCAUAUUUGUUGAGCCAACCCCCACUCAGAAACUACUCUACAACCUCUACUUGGCCGAAAUGGCGGCGUAUUUGGAAGACUCGAAACAGGGAAGGAUAUUUGGCGCCACGGAACACCUCAGACUCAUCUGCAAUCAUCCCCGUUGCUUCAGGCAAAAGGUGUUAGAAAUGUCGCCCAAGGUAGAUGUGCCAGGAUCAUCAAGGACACCAGCGACGGCACAGCUGAAAGGACCCGACGAAAACGAAGACAACAUAGACGACGAUUGCCUUGAUAAGACCAAAGCUCCGGCGAUUACCUUUCCUCAGAGCAUGAUUUCCAGUGUUCUCAAGGAGACAAGCAAGGCUGAUAAUGCCAAUCCUGCUCUGUCACGAAAAGUUGAGCUUCUUCUGAUGAUUCUGGAUGAAGCACGUGCCAUAGGAGACAAGGUUCUCGUAUUCAGCCAAUCUCUGCUUACGUUGGACUAUCUCGAAAACUUGUUCAAGGAGCAGAGGCGUUUGGUAUGUCGCCUGGACGGUUCCACGGCUGUUUAUAAACGGCAAGAGCAGAUCAAGGCUUUCAAUACUGGAAAGCAAGAGAUCUAUCUCAUUUCCACAGGGGCUGGUGGCGUAGGUCUCAACAUUCCCGGGGCCAACCGUGUUGUCAUUUUUGAUUUCAAGUGGAAUCCGGUGACAGAGCAACAAGCGGUGGGACGAGCCUACCGAUUUGGGCAACAAAAGACGGUAUACGUCUAUCAUUUUGUCGUUUCAGGAGCUUUUGAGGAGGCCUUGCAAAACAAGACUGUUUUCAAGAUGCAACUCGCGUCACGCGUGGUGGACAAGAAGAAACCCGUGAGCUGGGGCAAGCGAGUAGGGGAGCUGCUUCAGCCAAUAAAACCGAAGCCAGCCAAGGACCUCGAAGUCAUCAAAGGCCGAGACGGAAUACUGGACAAACUCAUUGAGCAUGCUCAACUUGGAGGUGUCAUUCGCGAAAUCAUCUCGACAGAUACAUUCGAAGAAGAGGACCCCACCAAUGAACUGACAGCUGAAGAGCGAAAAGACGCCCAAGAGCUGUACGACUUGGAGCGGAUGAGGCACACCAACCCUGAGAAGUAUAGGAUGAUGUUGGAUCAGAAACAAAGAGCAGAACAGAUUCGAGCUAUGGCCGAAGCCGCCAGGCCCUCUAGGGUUGAUAUGGCGGCUUUCAACGCACACUUAGUGGAGGACUUGUAUGUACCACAGUUGAGUCCAUCACCGGGCCUUGCUCACGGCGAAACGACGGUACCAAAUACAAACGCUGAGCCGAUUGCGCAAACACAAGCAGAUGGUGCCGUGCCACCCUGCCCUCAAGCGCACAUGCCGCACUUUUCGUCGUCAGCCCCCAUGCCAAUGACUGGGGCAAAUACACUUAUCCGGAAUUCGAACGCUCCGCCUAUAUUUCCAAUAUUGCCAUCGAAUGGUGCAGCAAGGCAAAUGGGACAAGAAGUAGGAUCAACCUCAACAGCACCAGCUGCGGCCCUUGCAACUGGCACUGGGGCAUCAUUAUUUGGCCAGCUUCGAAGUCACGCUAAGAUCGAUUUCGAGAAGGAAUUGGCUCAAAUGAUGGAAGCUCAAGCAGGAAUCAAGGAUAAUGCAACUAAUCUGGCAGGAAAGCUUACCGAGGGAAUAGCGAUGGCCCAAAAAGCACAGGGCCAUGGGUUUCUCCCCGACGACGCUCGAUGGCGCUUCCUGCUCAGCCAUAUAAAAAACCAUCGCCGGUUUAUGCUCGCGAUAGCAUUGGGCCAUUGCACACCAACAUACCUAGCGACAGCGCCGGAAGAGGAAAUCCAAAAUAGGAUUGGAAUUAUGAACGGCCACUCGGAGAAGGACUUUUUGGCCCAAUUAAGGCGGGUAUCCGAGGCACCUGACCCAAGUGUAGGUUUGGCAUCACUUUCUUCCUAUCGAUGUUUUCCUCUCGGCCGUGUUUGA